AUGUCGCGCACCACAAGAUCAGCGGCGGCGAGCUCCUCCACCCAAAAAGAGGACUCAAACAUGGAGAUGAUGUCUCCAGAAGGCUCCUCAAGCUCUCCAUCAGCCCCCAACACCCCGGCCAACCCAUUCAGCACAGAUCGAAAAAAGGCGACGCAUUUGAGAUGUGAACGGCAGCGGCGGGAGGCUAUUAAUAGUGGCUACAACGAGUUGAAGGAUCUGAUUCCGCAGACGACGACGUCGUUGGGAUGUAAAACGACGAAUGCGGCGAUUUUGUUCAGAGCCUGCGACUUCAUGGGCCAACUAAAAACCGACAUCUCCGACGCCGACAAACAGCUACAAAUACUAAACGCCCAGGCGUCGGCUUUGGAGAUGAUUGCUUCGGAAUACGAACAAAUGGCGUCGUCGGUUCCCGACUCUGGCCAAUCCACGAUUCAAGUGAAGAUGUUGCAACUCUUAUUGGACGAUUGUUUCUCUACAUUCUCAAAUCAAGUCGAUUUUACCACAUAUGCCACUAUUACACGGACCCUUUUGUCUUGGGUGGAGAGUUUGGCGCCAAACGCGGAACCAUUCAAAUCCACGGCUGGCAAAAUGGUCACCAUGCCUUUUACAUCGCCAUAA